CAAAUAUUAAAAAAAAUGGGGAUCACCGAAUUCGAUUUGCAACCCCUUAAUAAAAUCAAAGUUCCUGUCGAAUAUGAGAAUGAUGCUUAAUUUUACAUAGAGUCAAUAACAAAGUAACAUGAAAAAAGAAGAUAAAGAUUAUUAAUCGAAUACAAUGAAUUAUUAAACUUGAAAUAAGUUGAAAGCUCUCAAGCUCCUAAAACCUUUGUCUAAGAUGAAAAAAUAGAUGAUGGACAGAGUUUGAAAAUAAAUGACAGAUUGCUUAAAGUGAAAAAGAUACAAUAAGAACAAAGGGAACAAUAGUUGUUAUUAUAUUCUUAAAAAGAAUAGUUAAUUGAGUCCCGUAGAUAAAAGAAAAGUAGUGAAAGAGAAUUUAGAGCAUAUCAAAAAGAAUUACUAGAAACAUCUCGAAUGGAAUAAAAUUAAAGAAAUAGAGCUUAGUUAUCUAAAAUGAUGCAUGAUAAAUAUGAAAAACGCAAAAUGAGUUAUGAUGCUAAAUUAUAAAGGUUGGAACUUUUUAAAUAAGCUUAAUAAAUUGUUCCAAGAAAAACAAGAUUAAAUGAAACAUUAGCUCGAUAUUAGAAAAGUGUUGAGGAUAGAAAAUUAUAAGAUAAGGAAAGAUUAAGAAAAUUGGAGGAAAGCUUAGAAAAAGCUAAUUCUAAAAAAUCAUCAAAUAUCACAGAAAUUAAGAGAAAAGGUUUGCUUGAAUAACUAAAAAUUGAAGAUGCUAUUUUCAAUAGAGAAAGAUCAUGGCAUGUAAAAUAGAGUAGAUUAAUAGAAAAAUUGUAAAUAAGAACAGAGGUUGUUAGAAGAAGUUUAAAAUAAGAGAAAUAAAAGCCAUAUCCAUUUCCAAAAUUUCUUUGUCCUAAAGAUUAAAGAAAAGAAAAUUCUUAGUUAUUAUUUCGUUUUGCUUCAGAAAUCGUAGAUCAAUUAGAAUGCUAGAGUAUCCAUGACCUAGAGGAGAAAACAUUAGAAAUGUUUUCGUCUUAAGAUAAAAUAUAAAGAGAUUAAUUUGUUAAAACUAAUUAUUUGUUUUUAUAUAACUGAUAUGGAUUAUCUAACAUAAGAUGAAGUAGGUGGUAUUGUUGCCAAAGGUUUAGCAGUUCUGUAUUUAGAAAAGCCAUAAUUUCCUAUAGAUUAUCUUGCUAAAUGGCUUCUAACAUAUUCAUAAUUGCUUGAAAAAUAAAAGACAAGAGAAGAAAGAGUAUUGAAUAAAAUUUGAUAAUAAUUAGUAAUAAGUUAAAGAAACAAAGAUAAAGGAAUUCAAAGUUUUAACUUAAUAAUUAGCAUUUCUAAAUGAGGAGAGCGAAAGACUUGAGAAUUUGUAAAAGGAGAAACAUGAAUAAUUUUUAGAAUAAAUUAAAUAGGCAAAAUAUCAUGAUGAAUUCUUAGGGGAUGUAUUUUGUGAUUAUGUUGCAAAGAGAUUUGUAAUUAUAGUAUGUAAUGAAAGAGAGUAAACUCAUAUGUAUGUGAACUUGAUUUUCCAAGAAAAGAGAUUGAUUUAAAUUUAGAGGAUGAUGAAAAUGCUCAUAUUAAUUAAGAGGGAACAAAGCUUUUGACUUACAUAUACACUGAUUAAAAUUCAAAAUUCUUAAUUGGUUAAAAUUUACUUCCAGAAACGGGAGUUACAUAUGAUGCAUUAAAAGAACCAUAACCAGAUGAAAAUGGAGAAGUAAUUUAAACUAAUGGAAUUUAUAUAUCAAAUGUUGUUAAAGAACCUAGAAUUGUAUAUCAUAAAUGGCCGAAAUUAGGAGCAUAUUAUGCUAUACCUUUAGUUUAUUAAAGUUGUUUAUAUGAAUAAUCAUUUGAUUAAGGAAUUGAAUAAAGAUCUCAAUAUUUAAUAUUAAAAGAAAACUAAGAUAAAGAAAGAUCAGCAAAAGAAGCAGAAUUUGAAGAGAGACUUGAAUCUGAAGAUCCUGCUGUAAUAGAAUAGGAAAAAUAAGCAUAUUUGGCAGGUUUAGAACCUCUUUUGGAACCAUCUUUUGCUUAAUAAAAAAAAGAGUAUGUUUUUUGUAUUGACACAUUGGGAUAGGAUAGAGAAAUUCCAGAAAAUCAUAGAUAAGAGAUUUUUGAUUUAGUUAAUAUGCUAAUUAAAUAAUGGGAAUUAUAAGAAAUAUAAUCAAUGAAAGCUGAUGUUGAAUUACAAUUACAUUAUUAAACCUAAUUAGGUGCUCCAUAUAAAGAAAUAUUGGAAAAUUGGACAUUAGAGGAAGAAUAAUAUGUUGAAAGUCAUUAAGAAAAGUUAGCAGAAUUCAAAGAAAAUGAAAAACUAUUUUAAUAUGAAGUUGAUUGUUUGAAGUUAGAAAGAUUAAGAGAAAAGUUAAGUGACAGAGAAUUUAUUUAACCACUUUUGAAUCUCAAUAAUUGUAGAAUAAUAAAAUUCAAUUCUAUUAUUUAAUCAGGACUUUAUUUGAUAGGAGCAAACAAAGCUGAUAUUAAUUAACCAGAUAAUAAUAGAUUAAAUAUCAGAAAAUUAGUUCUUGAUGAAAAUCUUAUUUAAUAGAUUGUGUCUUACAAUCAUAGAGGACCUAAACCAGAACCAUAAUAUAAAUGGUGUUAUGUUGAUAGAGUAUAGAAGAGAAUUGAAAAAAUUGAAUAAGAAUAAGUAGAUGCUUACAAUUUAAUUUUGGGAAGAAUGCUUAAAUUUUUAUAAUUGACUUGUAAAUUAAGAAAAUUAGAUAUUGAAAUAAGAAAAGAUAUUAUUGCUAAUAAAAGAAAAUAAAUUGAAUAAUUAAAGGAAGAAGUUACUAAAUUGAAUGAGCUUAAAGAAACUGCUUUAAAAGAACAUAAAGAAUAAGUAGAUUAUCUAUUUAAUUAAGUUAUCUCCUGAAGAAUUAGAAGAAUUUAAUCAAGAAGAAUGGGAUGCUAAUUUUGAUAGUGAACAUCCUAUGCCAGAAAUACCAGAAAAUCCAGCUGAUGAAAUUGAUGAUGAUUAUAUAGUGGAAUAACCUCAAUAAUGA